UCGCUCUCUAUAUAUUGUUCUUUGUUCUCGUUAACUUUCUUCACGCCUUGGCUAACAUAAAAUAUAUACUUAUAUUUUUCAAAGAAAUCUUGAAGGAAAUGGCCAAUAUUACUAGACGUCUUGGAUCAAGGAUUAUAGCAGCUACCAACCAGGUUGGUUCUUAUGUAAAGCAUAUGCCUGCUGUUAGAUGGAUUAGCACUAAGGCAUCUUUGACGAAUGAUGACAAUAGAGGAUUUAAGGGGCAUGAUAUGUUGGCACCCUUCACUGCUGGGUGGCAGAUUACUGAGUUGGAACCUUUAGUUAUACACAAAUCCGAGGGUUCCUAUGUGUAUGACAUUAAUGGGAAGAAAUACCUUGAUGCUCUUGCUGGUUUGUGGUGCAAUCCCCUAGGUGGAAAUGAGCCUCGUCUUGUUGCAGCUGCAAAUAAACAACUCAAUACGUUGCCGUUUUACCAUUCAUUUUGGAAUCGAACCACAAAACCUUCUUUGGAUCUUGCAAAGGAACUCCUAGAUUUGUUUACUGCAAAUAAAAUGGAGAAAGUUUUUUUCACAAAUAGCGGAUCAGAAGCUAAUGACACCCAGGUGAAGCUUGCAUGGUAUUACAACAAUGCCCUUGGGAGGCCAAAGAAAAAGAAAUUUAUUGCUCGAACAGCAUCAUACCACGGGACUACAAUAAUUUCCGCCAGUCUUUCUGGUGCCCCUGCUCUACAUCAGGAAUUUGAUCUGCCAGCUCCAUUUGUUCGUCACGCUGACUGCCCUCAUUAUUGGCGUUAUCACCUUCCAGGUGAGACGGAAGAGGAGUUUUCGACAAGGUUGGCGAAUAAUUUGGAAAAUCUUAUACUCAAAGAGGGGCCUGAAACAAUAGCUGCUUUCAUUGCGGAACCAGUCAUUGGGGCAGCAGGUGUCAUACCUCCCCCAGCAACCUAUUUUGAAAAGAUCCAAGCAGUAGUCAAGAAGUAUGACAUUCUGUUCAUUGCGGAUGAGGUCAUAUGUGGAUUUGGAAGGCUUGGGACAAUGUUUGGCUGUGAUAAGUACAACAUCAAACCUGAUCUUGUCUCUUUAGCAAAGGCUCUUUCUUCAGCAUAUAUGCCAAUUGGUGCUGUCCUUGUAAGCCCUGAAAUUUCUGAUGUUAUUUAUUCACAAAGCAAUAAACUUGGUUCUUUUUUUCAUGGAUUUACUUAUUCUGGGCACCCUGUCUCAUGCGCGGUUGCCUUAGAAACACUGAAGAUCUACAAGGAAAGAAAUAUUAUUGAGAAAGUAAACAGAAUAUCACCAAAGUUCCAAGAAGGUUUGAAAGCAUUUUCUGACAGUCCCAUAAUCGGGGAGAUAAGGGGAACUGGUUUGAUACAUUGUACAGAGUUUACAGAUAACAAAUCUCCUAAUGAUCCAUUCCCACCUGAAUGGGGUAUUGGUGCAUAUUUCAAAGCACAGUGUGAGAUGAAUGGGAUGUUGGUGAGUGCUUAUGGUGAUAACGUAAUGAUGUCUCCUCCAUAUAUUUUGAGCCUCGAAGAAAAUAAUGAGUUGAUAAGCAAAUAUGGGAAAGCACUGAAGGAAACUGAAAAGAAAGUGGAAGAACUCAAGUCCCAGAAGACUCUCUAAGGGUUUUGCAUUUUUUCAAUCAAUACCCUCAUGUAAUGACUUUUAAAUUUCAGCUGUUAAUUUUAUGCAUCUUUAUUCAGCAAAAAAUAAAAGCUGACGGCAGAAAGGAAAGAGACAAGAAAUUCAUUUCUCGUGGGACCUUUUAUUUGUUUUCAAAUAUCAAAGUCUACUAAUAAUAAAUUGAAACUCUUUCGUUGUGGCA